AUGGAAGGAAGUGACUUGUUGAAAAAGCUGGCAAACAGGAAAAUUUGCAGAAAUUACAGCAUACAUCCUGAAAAUGUAAUUUUUUAUGAUUAUUUCAACAAGUUAAAAAGGAAAGCGUUGGCUCAGGGCUAUACCAAUUUGGUUAUUUCUUUUAAAAAAAUUAUGGGCUCCCUUUUGAAGUACCCCUUGCCAAUUAAAAAUAGCCUAGAAGCCUAUAAAUUGAAGGGGGUUGGUAAGCGAUUUUCUUACUAUUUUGAAAAGGCCCUGUCGCAAGGUGAUCAAGAAAAGAAGCAUAAUAGUAUGCACAAUGAAUGCGUCACAACGAAUGAGAAUUCCUCUCACAUUUACACCCACAUAAAUAAAGUCAUCGCAAGUGUCGAUCGUUUUUUGAAGGAACUGGACAGUGAGGUUUAUAAUUUGAAGAGAAUUGGCGAAGAGUCCGAUGAUAGCAUUAUCAGGAACAUCAAGGAGAUCAGAAAUGAUUACUCGAACAGUGAUUAUAACGAGCGGGAUGUGAAAAGGAGAAAGCGAAAAGGUGGAAAAGAGAAAAAAGCAAGCGCAGAUCGCGCUGGUGGGGUUGAUGGGUCUAACCCGGCUAACCGAGCUGAGAGGGUUGAUCCAUCCGAUUGCGCUAAUCCUGUCGCCACUCAUGCCGCCAAUCAUGACAGCAAGCGGGGUGAGGACAGUUGCCCCGCGGCCAACGAACUGAGCAGCUCGCCACAGUUGACCACGAACUCGUACACAUACAAGAACAGCAUCAACAUCAGUGGCUACACAAUCAUUUCGAGUGGCACCAGAAAUUACGAAAACUCCUUUUUGGGGGAUAAGGAAGCAUCUAUCCAGAAAGUAGCUCCCCCGAAUGAGCACGAGAAGAAAAAGAGAUUAACGGACAAAAAUAAAGAACGCAAGAAAACGAAUGAAAUCGAAUUAAACGAUUUCGAAAACAGAAUCAUGACUUUUCUCCACGAGAAUGAAGAUUUAUAUGACGACUGUUCACUCAGCACGGAAGAAAUAACCAUUGGAUUUUUAAAAUAUUAUGGAAACUCUGAAAAAGUAUAUAUGAAGAAAUUGCGUAGGCUUAUAAGAUUGGAAUUCCUAGAAAAGCUAGACAUUUGGGAAAAUAAGACAGGAGGGGGCGUUGCCAAAAGAGGGUGCGUCCUGGAUGACAUGCAUGACACACCCAGCAGUUGCACAGCGUCGAAUGUCUUAUCUCCAUCGAUCAUGUCCAAUGCGAAAAGGGAUAAAAUGAAAAUCAUUAAGAAGGUGAGGUUAACGGUAAAGGGGAAGGAAUUCCUGCGGAGGGGGAAGCAACAGAGGGAGCAGGAGGAGAGAGAGCAAAAGAAGAAAGAGCAGCAAAAUGGGGGAGAGCAGAAGACACAGGAAGAUCCUCCCCAUUCGAAUAAUUUCAAACCGAAAAAACCGACCGAAGAUGCAUCAGAAGGAGAAGACAAAUCUACUUCUAAGCCAGACAAGGAAAAUAAAGUGAGCGAGUCAGACCACAGAAUAAAAUAUGAGGACAGUUGCAAAAGCUCAGAAUAUUUAUCAACAAAGAUGAACGAGUCGGAAGAACGACUAAGGAGGGAAGUUACCUACAGUGAUGGUGAAAAUAAGCACUUGUUUGGAAAGGGCAUAAUCCUUCGCGAAAAUAUGUUUGAUGAUUUUUUUCCCCCUAUACAUGGUUCAAAUGAACACAAGGGAGGAUUACUACACGCGCGAGAAGAACAUGGUGACACGAGGGAGAAUAAGACGAAGGAGGAUUACUCCGCAGAGUGGGAUCACUGCUUUUCGGAGAAUGAAAUUUUGGGCAAGUGUGAGGAUGCAAAUUGUGGUAUCUUUUUUGACAUGGCGGCAAAGGAUCCAGCGAAUAACUGUUAUUUCCAGAGCGGAGGAACCAAUCAGGCAGAACUGGCCAGUAAAGUAGAAAGGAUUCAUAACGAAUGGGAUAGUCCGUUUAACUCUGGCUGCGCACCAACCAGGUCAUGGAAAGAGGAAAAAAAUGAUCUCGCCAAUUUUGAAGUCAAAAUGGAAAGAAAAAAGAAAGAAAUUAGAAAAAAAUUAAAAAUAAGUUUGAGGGAAAAAAUACUAAAAAAAAAAAAUGAUAAAAAUAAUUUAUGUGGUGAGGAGUACCAGUCAAGUAGCAAUUCUGAUGAGUCGGAGAAAGUUGAAGGGACGGGAAGUGGCCUGCCCGAAAGGGGUUUCCCCCAUGGGGGGAUGCAAUCCAGUGGUGUAAUUGAUGAAGUUAAAAGAUGUCCAGACGGGAACACUCCGAAUGGGGAUGAGCAAAGUGAUGCAGAACCCCAACUGUUUCGCAGCUGCGAAGACUGCAAAGUGCAACCAUGGAAGGUUAAUCUAUUCACUCCAGAUUCAGAAAAUGAUGAGGGAGCGCUGAAAAUUAAGAAAACAAACAAAUCACUCUCCCGUAAUGAGAAUCACAACAUGAGUGAAGACGUUGGCGAAAAUAUUUUCUUUACCAUUGAUGGGGAUACAUCAGAUGGGAAAAGUGUUCAUAUCAGCGGUAGAGAGAACAGCGAAAGAAGUAGAACAAAAGGGGAAUAUACCCGUGGUAAUCUCCUAAUGGAGAAAACUCGCCAGUGCAACUUCUUUUGCACAGAGACAACAUCAAAUUUGAGCAAUAACAGACAAGAGCGCAGUGAUGAGGUAAUUGAUUUGUUUGCAGAAGAGGGUGUAUGUGAAAAGGGGCGAGAUGUGUCUGGUAGGCGUAUUUCUUCACUGGCGAGUAAAACGGAGGGGAAGCGGAAGUGGAGCGCCUCGCUUAAUAGAGUGGAAGCAGAGUUAGUAAAUAAACCAAAAAGGAGAAAAAAAAAGAAGGGGGAGAAUCGGUUGGACGCAGAGGAAGGAAAGGGUCACGCAGGAGACGAGGAAAGCACAAAAACUAAAGGAAAGAAGGGUGAUGACCAAACCAGGGGGGUUCCGAAAGGAGAGCGUAAAGCAGGCCAAAAAGCAAAGCGAAAGACAAACCGCGAUGCAGACCUCGAUGCAAACCCUGAUGGGGACACACAAAGCGCAGCGGGCGAAGAAGUGACCUACGGACCUUAUGAAAUAGUCAUGGUAAUCGACAACAGAGACAUAUCAGGGACGAGUCAGGAGCUCAAUGAAAAAAUGAAAAAAAUAUUCCAACGCAAUGGAGUGAAAUACGUAACUAGGAAUCUGCCCCUGGGUGAUAUCAUCUGGCUGUGCAGGAGAAGGAUUUAUAAUGCUGGUAAGUCGAAGAGAAAGAGGGGCAGAACAGGUGGGAAAAAGGAGAAGCCAUGGAAGGAAAAUAAUCCGGGGAAGUCGCGACAGAAGCAAGAUUAUCACGAAUGGAGUGGAGAGGCUAGCCAAAUGAGCAGCCUAGGAAAGAGCAACGCUCACUGGAGUGGAGGUUACGACCAGGUGAAGGAGAACCAGGGGGGUGGAGAAGAAGAAGAAAAUGCGGAAUACGAGGAGCACGUAUUAAAAUGGAUAGUAGAGCGGAAAACAUUGAACGAUCUAAGUGCAAGCAUAAUCGAUGGAAGGUAUGAUGAGCAAAAAUAUCGUCUCAUGAGAUCAAAAGAAACCUCACAUAUAAUAUACCUCAUAGAAAACAGCAACAAUUCAUUUAAAAAUUAUACCAAUUCGAGUAGAAUUUCCUAUGAAACGCUUCUAAAUGCUCAGCAUAGUAUUCAGUUGGUUAGUGGGUUCUCCAUAUUGACUAGCCAAAGUUUGAGUCACACUUUCUUGUUAUUGGCUGAAAUGCACACAGAGAUAGUCGAAAAUAUCCGUCUGAUUUGUAACAUCAGAGAAGGCGAACCGAUAAUAUACAGUGAUAAAUUGGACGUCUAUUUACGAGAUAAUUCAUCCGAAUGGGAUCAGUGGAAUAAUGAUUCCAAAAAGUCGAAGAACAAUUUGGUGAAGGAAGUCUUUGGCAAGCAACUGCGAUUGAUUAAUAUGUGCGGGCCGGAUGCCACAGAGUUGAUUUUGUCUUUGUGGCCUACCCCGAUGAAACUGAACGAAGCGCUAAAUAAGUAUACCCACGAUGGAAUCCUGGCCGAGAAGAUCAAGCGGGUUUACCUCAAGGGCCGCGACCUUCUGGGGAAACGGCGCGUCAAGUCUCCCGUCGAUACGAAUGUAUGGCUGGAAUGUUUUUGCCCCCGAGAGGGGGUGAUGGUGCUGAUGGCGAUGUAUCACUUAUGCUCAUGCCCGCCUGCGCCACCUCUAUGCCCCGGAUUCCAUUUAGACCACCAAGGGGAGGAAGAAGGGGAGGAAGAUGAGCGGAAGAUGAGGAAGAAGAUAAGGCGGAAGAGGCGGAAGAAGAGGCAGAAGAUGUGGCGAAGGAGAGGACCCCUGGGGGAUGUCCCGCUGAUAUAG